GGCGGUUAUUAAGAAGUACAACUAAGGACUGAAAUAAGAAACCAAGCAGCAGGAAGCUAGACUUCAGUAUUGAAUGUAAACGUGCUGUACAUGUGUGUGUGCGUUGGGGGGGUUGAGUGUGGGGGCUGUGAUGUUAUCAAGGCUUCCAGUGUGGAUGUGAAUGAAGCUGCGGUCACAGUGCGCAGCUUCUCCGGUAAACUGAUCCCAGAGCAGCGCGCUGAUGCUCAGAGCACAAUGAGAGUCGGUGGAUCGGUGAGUCCGCACAGCGUCGACAUCUGACCGCAGUGAGAUCAGAGGAGCGGUCACAUCGCAUCUGGUACAGGACACGCUGGAUGUUAGUUUGAGCUUCUCUGGACUGCAUAGGUGUCUGCAUGGAGAGGCAGGUGGUGCAUCGGGCCAAGGAGGCCUUCCUGAGCGGCAGAACUCGGCCUGUGGAGUUCAGACUGCAGCAGCUUCAUGCCCUGCAGAGGAUGAUCACUGAGAAAGAGACAGAGAUCUGCACUGCUCUGAAACAGGACAUCAACAGGAGCCAGUACGACACGCCGCUCCUGGAGCUGAUCGGCAUUGAGAACGAGAUCAAGCUGGCUAUAGAUAAGCUGGCAGAGUGGGCAGCUCCUCGGUCGGUGGAGAGGAGCCUGUUCACGCUAAGAGAUGAGGUUUACAUCCAGCCGGAGCCUCUGGGAGUGGUGCUCAUCAUCGGGGCCUGGAACUACCCCUGGGCUGUCACCCUGCAGCCGCUGGUUGGAGCUAUUGCUGCAGGCAAUGCAGCUGUGGUGAAGCCGUCAGAGCUCAGCGAGUACUCGUCCCUCCUCCUCCGGGCGCUGCUGCCUCGCUAUCUUGACAAGGAUCUGUACCCAGUGGUGACGGGUGGAGUGUCAGAGACCCAGGAGCUGCUGCGGCUCAGGUUUGACCACAUCUUCUACACAGGCAGCAGCACAACGGGCAAAGUUGUGAUGGAAGCUGCAGCUCGCCACCUCACCCCAGUGACGCUGGAGCUGGGAGGGAAGAGCCCCUGCUACAUCGACAAGGACUGUGAUGUCCGGAUCGCCUGCCGUCGUGUCACGUGGGGAAAGUUUGUCAACUGCGGCCAGACGUGCAUCGCUCCAGACUACAUCCUGUGUGAGCCCUGCAUCCAGGGCCGGGUGGUGGAGUGCAUCCGACAAACUCUACUGGAAUUUUAUGGUGCCGAUCCAAAAUGCUCACCUGACUAUGGCCGAAUCAUCAACCAGCGACACUUCAACAGAAUCAUGGGUCUGAUGGAGGGCUACACUCCUGUAGUGGGAGGACAGAGUGACUCCUCACAGCGCUACAUUGCCCCAACAGUGCUGAAGGACGUCCCCCCCCAGUCCAGGCUGAUGCAGGAGGAGAUCUUCGGCCCUCUGCUGCCCAUAGUUACCGUCAGUGAUAUGGAUGAUGCCAUCAACUUCAUCAAUGAGAGAGAGAAGCCGCUGGCUCUCUACAUCUUCUGCACCGACAAGAAGGCAAGCAAAAGGAUGAUUGAGGAGACGACGAGUGGAGGAGUGACAGUCAACGAUGUCAUGAUGCACUACACAGUCAGCUCUCUGCCGUUUGGUGGUGUUGGACAGAGUGGUAUGGGCCGCUACCACGGCAAACACACCUUUGACCAGCUGAGUCACCAGAGAGCCUGCCUGGUCCGCAAGCUGGGCAUGGAGAGUGUUAACCUGGCCCGGUACCCUCCUCAGGACCGCCGGCGGGCGCGCAGGGUGCGGAUGGCCCUCAAGUCACCUCUGAUUGACAUGUCCAAGAGGACGCUGAUCUGGGCCAUCGCCGCCACCGUCAUCGGCUUUGGCCUGUUCGUCACUCUGCUGGUCAUCCUGCUCAUAGCUGCAGGCCUCAACUGCACCUGCUGGUACUGGAGGGGCUUUUAUAACUACUUCUAGAGACACCCCAGCUCCAAAUAAACAGAAGUGCCUGCUGCAGUUAGUUCUAUGUUCAAAAUACACAUUGCGUCUUGUUUUAUAAUCAGAUAUAAAGUAAAAAAAAAAAAGAAAGAUAUAACCUUCUAAACUAACUUGUAUUUGCUGUGUGUCUGUUUGGAAUCAAAUGUAUUCAGCAAAUAAGCAAACAAGGUUUAACACUGUAUGAACAGUUCUGUCCUUUAUUCUUUUCUUCUUUUUUUUAUUAUUAGAGAAUAACAUUCACUUUUUGAGGAUGUAUUAUAAAUGCAGAAACCAGAGCUGACUUACAGGACUGUGCAGAUAAAAUAUGUAUUUUGCUUGUUUUGUCCAAAAUUAAAAGACUUGUUCAUAUAUGAUCAUA